AUGGACCUGCACGAGGUGCAGGCGCACCUGAACGUGUGGCUCCAAGAUGCCGCAGUUACUUUCCAGAAAGUGCCUGGCUCGGCCGUUCUCAUCCGCUAUGUCCGCUCGAGUUAUCAGAAUGACCCUGUGCGCUCGGCCAUCGAGCUGGUCCUGGUUAUCUUCUUCAUCCGGUACUUGAUGGCGCCGAGCUACUCGACGUCGAAACAGAAUUAUGUCAAGCUGACCGAGGAUGAGAUCGAUGAAUUAGUCGGGGAGUGGACGCCGGAGCCUCUUGUGGCUCCCUUGGCGGCGCACGAGCAGGCUGAGCUGGAUAAGUUGCCUGUGAUUGUCGGACCGACGGGCCCAAAGUCCAAACUCGCCAACGGAAAGACGGUCACGAAUCUCGCGUCGUACAACUUCUACAACUUCAACGCAAACGAACAGAUCAAGGAAAAAGCCAUCCAGACCCUGCGCACCUACGGCGUCGGACCCUGCGGGCCGCCCCAGUUCUACGGCACCCAGGACGUGCACCUCAAGACCGAAGCCGACAUUGCCUCGUACUUGGGCACCGAGGGCUGCAUUUUCUACGCGCACUCCUUCUCGACCAUCUCGAGCGUGAUCCCGUCGUUCUGCAAAAGAGGAGACAUCAUUGUCGCCGACAGGGGCGUCAAUCUCUCGAUCCGGCGCGGCCUCGAGCUCUCGCGCAGCAACAUCAAGUGGUACAACCACAACGACCUGGAGGACCUUGAACAAAUGAUGCGCAAGGUGGCAAAGGAGCAGGCCGUCAAGAAGCUGACGCGGCGAUUCAUCGUCACCGAGGCGCUGUUUGAGACGACGGGGGAGAUCAACAAUCUGCCUAAGCUGAUUGAAUUAAAGGAGAAGUACAAAUUCCGCCUCAUCCUCGACGAGACGUGGUCCUUCGGUGUGCUGGGCCGCACCGGCCGCGGGCUGACGGAAGCGCAAAACGUGGACCCGACCCAAGUCGACAUGAUUGUGGGCUCACUCGCCGGGCCCUUGUGCGCCGGCGGCGGCUUCUGCGCGGGAAGCAAGGACGUGGUGGAGCACCAGAAGGUCACGUCGACGGCUUACACCUUCUCGGCCGCGCCGUCGGCCAUGCUGGCUGUCACGGCCAGCGAGAGCAUUAAUCUCUUGCAGUCAAACCCAGAGAUUUUGCUGCAGUGCCGCGAGAACAUUCGGCUUAUGCGCGCUCAGCUUGAUCCCAGGAGUGACUGGGUCGUGUGCACCAGCGCGCCGGAGAACCCGGUCAUGUUGCUGGUAUUUAAGCCCGAGGUUGUCAAGGCGAGGAGGUUGAGUGUGGAGGACCAGGAGAGGUUGAUGCAGGAGUGUGUUGAUGAGGCGCUUGCAAACGGCGUGCUCAUCACCCGCCUCAAGUCCCUCCCCAUCCUGCACCACUCCUCCAUCCUCAAGGACGGCGCCGCCCACUCGGUGGCGCCGGCGCUCAAAGUGUGUGUCACGUCGGCGCUGUCCAAGAAGGACGUCGAGAAGGCUGGCGUCACCAUCAGGCAUGCCAUCACCAAGGUCAUGACCCGCAAGACGAAUAACAAACUGGGCGUGCCGGCUGCGUAA